AUGCCGAUCAAACAUCUGGAUCCUAGCUGCGCGUUCGGUUUCUACUGCGGCAGUCGGAUGGAGCUGGUUCAACUGCUCGAGCGACUGCCUCGCAUCUCCGAACUGCGUAGCCCGCAUCGGUCAAGCACACGUCUAAUCGAGGUGGUUUCUGCCUCGCAGGCGACGUACCUCUUCAGUCCACCUAUAACACCCCUACCCACUGUCAAUGGGUCCAACCUGACAAAGGACCGCAGCCCUUCAUAUUCCUACCCUCCAAUCGAUGACAGCGAGCAGUUCGAUCACAAACAGCACUGCAAGGAGAGGGACGAUGUCUUCAUCUGA